UCUCUCUCUUUCUCUCUCUCUUUAGUAUCCUAGCUAUGAGUAAUAGUAGUAUUACGUGUUAGUCAGUCAGGCAGCUGGAUUAUUUUGUUAAAACUAAACAGAACAGAAGAAACAAACCGACAUAGACAUUAAGGACAUACUAAGACAUCACACUGCGCCAGUAAAAUAACUUGUGUCCACAUUAGGAAACAGUGUUAAAGUAGCUCAUUGAGAAGCAGAAAUAGAAGAAGAUGGGUGAAGUGGACAAGAGCACUCUCUGCCUCUUUGACGUCGACGGCACAUUAACAGCAGCGAGACAGCAUGUAACUCCUGACAUGGACCAGUUCCUCCAGAAGCUGAGGACUCGGGUUCGAGUCGGGGUGGUUGGAGGUUCAGACCUCAGCAAGAUCAAAGAGCAGCUGGGAGAAGAUGUUAUCCAGAAAAUGGACUAUGUGUUCGCUGAGAACGGACUGGAGGCGUUUAAAGGUGGGGAGUUCCUCUCUGUCCAGUCCAUUCAGGCUCACAUGGGGGAGGAGCUUCUGCAGGAGUUCAUCAACUUCUGUCUCAACUAUAUGGCAAAGAUCAAACUGCCUAAAAAAAGGGGCACAUUCAUUGAAUUCCGCAACGGCAUGUUGAACGUCUCCCCAAUCGGACGCAGCUGCUCGCAGGAAGAGAGGAAAGAGUUCUAUGAGCUCGAUCAGAAAGAGAAGAUUAGAGAGAAGUUUGUGUCUGUGUUGAAGGAGGAGUUCAAAGGAAGAGGGCUGACAUUUUCAAUCGGAGGCCAGAUCAGCUUUGAUGUGUUUCCUGAUGGCUGGGACAAGAGGUUCUGCCUGGGGAUCGUGGAGAAGGACACCUACUCAACCAUUCACUUCUUUGGAGACAAAACCAAACCUGGAGGAAACGACUACGAGAUCUACAGCGACCCUCGGACCAUCGGACACGAAGUCUCCUGUCCGGAGGAAACACAACGACUCUGUCAACAGCUUUUCUUCUCAUGAGGAAGAAGAAAAAGAAGUGCUGCUGUUUUUUUUUACUGCACCUUGAAUAUGAAAGGAAUGCAAUACGUCUGAUACGAUCUUACCUUGAAGUUAGUUAGAAAAAGAUGAUUCAUAAGAAUGAUUCAGUGUCAUGGUAUCUGUGAUGAAAUAGUAGGGGAUUCUGGGAUAUUUCACAAGUUUUGAAGGGGAGCUGUCAUGGGUUUAAAUGUGAUUAACUUUUGAAAACAUGCUUGUGGUCGAUAUUAAGUUUAAUCAAAUUUUUGAUUGUAUAAACAAAAGUCAGCUGGGGUUUUUUUUUCCCCCUGAUCUUUCAUUCCACUUAACCCUCAUUCUGAAUCUGCUUGAACAUGAACCUCAUGUUUCUGGAUGCUACUGUGCCUCUGACGUCAGUGACACAAACACACACAGGACUUACUGAUGAGCUGCUCAUGUUACUGUUAGUCAAGCUAAGAGAUUUGAAUGCAGCUUUGUAUUUCCUCACAGAUAUAUUGGUCAGUCAAAUGUGGCUUCUUUCUCUUUUCAUUUUAUAAAUUGUCUUUUACUCACAUUUUAAAUCACUUUACUAUCAUGUUCAUUUCUUAUCAACACACAUUAUAUGUGUAUGAUAUCUUUUUAAAACCAGGAGUAGCCUCUUGGUUUUAAAAGAGCAGUCAGUUUACUUCCUUGAACCCAUAAUCUUUAUAAUGGCCAGCAGGGGGCGCCUCCACUUGUCUCAGAUGACAGUUUGAGGUCUUAAUCUCUAGUUUCUGUUAUUUUCAGUCUAUAGUUUCAAUGAGGUCUCCUUUAUAAAGUUUGUUGUUUGUACAACCACAAUAUAUCCUCCACUGGGCUUCCUGUGUUACCAGCUUUAUGUGAUAUAAGACUUCUUCAACCAUGCAUUGCUUUUGUUUACAGUUGGCAAUGUGGGAAGUUGGAAUGGACUUGUAAAUUAUGUCCUUGAGGAAAUUGCUGGCUGCAUUUGCUACAAAAAUGUUUGAAGACAUACAGUAUAUUAUAGUUAAAUUGCUAGAUCACAACUGAUGGGAGCCUGGAUUGCUCCCAUCUAAUUUCAUUUCAUCAUCGCAUUCUGUGUUUUAAUGCAGACUUUGUUGUUUUAAUGCAGACUUUGUUGUUUUAAUGCAGACUUUGUUGAUUGAGAAAUGGUUCCAUUUAGAGUGAAAUAGUCAAGAAAGCUUGGUAAGUAAUGCUGCAGCUUGCUAACCUAGCUUUAGCCAAUAACUUGACCUCUGUCCAUACGUUGUUAGUCCAUUGUCUUUACUUAGGUUAUUUUUUAAACAAUAGUCAUCAUUGUUUAUUUAAAUCCUCUGAAAACCCAAUGAUAGAAAUGGUAGCCUAAAGUCAACAACAGGAAAAAUACAAAUAAAAUCGGCAUAAAGGGCUAGGGGAAAGCAACAGAGGCAGAACAUGGAUAAAACAGCUCUAAUAAGAUGAAUUGAAGUCAUUGCCUGCCGAGUCUGGCAUGUUAGCUCAACUCAGUAAUUAGCAAGCAAAUAAACUAGCCUGUGUUAUGAACCAUGGGCAUAGACUGUUAAGCUUUGAUAAACGUAGCAUUUUUUUAUUUUUAGAUCUUAAAGAACAUAACAUAAAACUGUAACUGAGAGUCAAAAUGUAAUAUUCAACUUUUCCUGCUGAGUCACAGCAGACGUGUUCACAAAGUCUUGGCUGUGUCUGAAACUUUAAAUCAAACACAAGGAUGUUGUUUGUCAAUGCAUAACACUGAUUACAUAACAUACAUACAUAGUAUAAACCUGAAUGAAGAAUGAGCUGUAAAAGAUGUGUGAAAUAAAAAGGGAACAAGUCUGUGAUCAGACUUAUAAAGUCUGUGUUCAUACUGAAAAGAUGGAAGGUAAUGUUGCAGUGAAAAAGUAUUAUCACGAUUAACUUCCACUGUUUCUUUACUUAAAGCCUCAGCAAAUACAUUUAGAUGUUAACUGAUACAACAAGAAGAAAUACUGCUUUACUUUCCUGUGGGAGACACAGAGGCCCUCUGGUGGUCAAAGUGUGUAAUGCUGACACAGCACAUUCAGUCUGCGUUUGUUUAAAUUGGGCAAAAAAUAAAGAAUUUAAAUCAAACUAAACUGUAUGUACUUAUGGAAGCUGUUUUUUAUGUUUGUUGGAUGCCAUGUAAAGAAAUACAUCAGACCAGGUAUAUUGCAUUUGCCUUCAACAGUGCAUUUAUUGAUAGAUCAUUUACAUGAUGAAUACAGAACAUACACACACAUACACACUGACAUACACACCACAGGCUACAAUGAAAUUUACAAGUUUCAAAGGAGACAAGGUCAGGGCCUCCAGCUUUUAGACACCAACACUUUCUUUUUGUUUUUUUCUCCAGUUAAACACGUGUUUAAGUUUCAGUGCUUCACAGCUUUAAAGAGAGAGACUUUUCUAGAUGUAACAACAAACAAAUCCUGGCUCUUAUUUCCUAAUUUGACCAAAUGAAUGUGUACAUGAUUUCAGACUAAAAUCCACGCUUUGAAAACUUGGCUACAUGAUAAUACAUUUGAUAAAUGAUUGCCACUGCUCAACAGUGAACACAAACUGUUAUUAUGUUUAAGACUGUUAGCAUGUGUAAGACAUACAGUGUUUUCUUUGCUGUCUUUUAAGAGGGAGUUCUUGCAGCAAAAGUCAGUUUUCAUUAAAUACACCAACAUAACCAGUAUUCCCUAAUAUAUCAGUCAUGUACUUGUUCAAAUAUGGACUGCACUUCC